AUGACUAUGGGCACAAUUAGACUCCCUGUGGUAGCCGGCGGAGUCACUAAGAUCGUCGAAUUCUCUGUCACCAACCACCCAGCAAUCUACAAUGUGAUUAUGGGGACUCCAUGGAUCAACGCGAUGAGGGCGGUCCCUUCCAACUAUCACCUCUGCCUCAAAUUCCCAACUCCAUCAGGCAUCAAAACGAUUUGGGGAAAUCAGAAGGAGUCGCGAAUGUGUUUCUUGACAGAUCACAAGUUGAAGAAUCCCGUCACCGACGCGCGAGCAGACCAAUUAAAGAUCGCAGAGAGCUGCGAAACGCACACCGAGCCGGAAUGUGAUGCGGUAGACUCGGUGUGCAUAGACAAAGCGCAUCCGGAGAGACGCGUCGAGAUUGGAGUUAAGCUGGAAGAACCUCUGAAAAGCAAACUCCUUUCCUUCAUCAAGGAGAAUAUCAACACCUUUGCCUGGAGAGCGGAGGACAUGCCAGGCAUAAGCAUCGACGUGACCUGUCACGAGCUGAACGUGUAUCCAAUCUUCAAACCAAUCAAGCAAAAAAGGAGGAAGCUCCGACCCGAACGAGCUAAAGCAGUUAACGACGAAGUGGAAAGAUUGCUCAAAGUAGGAUCAAUCGCCGAGGCAAAAUACCCGGACUGGCUCACGAAGAAGAAUAACGGCAAAUAG